CACCUCCUCCGUAACGAGGCACGCGUAGAAACCCUACGUUCCUACUACGCCGCGCCGGUCCAACCGUCUCACUGCCGACGUUCACCCCGCGCCGUCCUAUCUGCGAUUUGGGACUAAGUGAGCACAGCCCACUGUGCCACUAUCCGACCUCCGCGACUGCCCAUCGACGUAUUCCAUCCGAUUCCGAUCUGAAGUUUCUAUUCCGCCCAGAAUGAGCCGGCCAAUGGAGGAAGAUGUCCCUGGAAAGACUGAGGAGGAAGAGUUCAACACUGGACCACUCUCUGUCCUCUCAAUGAGUGUCAGAAACAACACACAGGUCCUCAUCAACUGUCGUAACAACAGGAAGCUUCUAGGCCGCGUUAGGGCUUUUGAUCGUCACUGCAACAUGGUGCUGGAAAAUGUUAGAGAAAUGUGGACUGAGGCUCCCAAGACUGGCAAAGGGAAAAAGAAAGCCCUACCUGUUAACAAGGAUAGAUUCAUCAGCAAGAUGUUCCUUCGUGGAGAUUCAGUGAUCAUCGUCCUCCGAAACCCUAAAUAGACGGUUGCUGCAAGACUGUCCGUCCAAUCUCCUACUACAGUCGCGAGGCCUACUCUUAUGAUCUAGUGUUCUGAGCUUUAGACAGAUGGGGUAUUAUCGGACUGCUUAUUAUUACAUGCGUUGUAACAUGAUGGAGCUAACAACUGUUUUUUUCUGCUGCCACUAUUUCGUUUUGAGUACUUUCUCUUCCUGAUUCUAAGAUCAUAUCAACUUUUUGCACAAAAUCUGACUUGAAGUUUUUCAGUUUUCUUUUACUGCGCGAGGGUAGAGACAAUG